GCGAAGCCGACGACGCUCUUAGCAACAAGCUAAGAAACCCCACAUCUAUGCGCGAGUGUAGCCGACGGGACAGAGCCGCAGAGACCCAAAACACUCAGACCGAGGACGAGGUUUGUUUCGAAUGUCGACAAGGGUUCGGGGGCAUUGUGAGUUAAAACUCCCCCACCCCCCGUUUUCUAAUAAAAGCAAGUUAGGCUCGCGCUAUCCGGAAGAGAGGACGCGCUAGCCUAAGCUUUAGCUGGCCGUUGGAUCGUGCGCUUCGGCUGGGAUGACUCUUGUGAUCAAACAAACAACCCGAUAUUCCAGAGGAGGAACGAGCGGAGAUCCACAUUGGUUUAGUCAUUGGGCUGAAAGUAAUUGUGCUUUAGGUAGAAAGUUUAUAUUUCUGCUUUGAUUCUCGGCGAAAGAAACGCUUUGGUUGCAACUUUGAGUUUGAGUCUUCAUCAUCGACGAGGAAGACAGGAACCCCGACCGUUCCUCACCAUUACUUUCUUUUGUCUAAACUUUGUUUGUUUCAUUUGCAGAAUAGAAGUUUAGCAAAAGCUUGCAAAGCAGGUGGUCAAACCGAUAAGCCCGACGAAACCAGCUUAAAGGGGAUCAUGCCUCAACCCUGCAACAUUGUGUUGUCAGUUUCUUUGGACAUUUAAAGCUUCUCGUCGGACAUGAGACUGUGUUGAUAUCCCACAAGAGUUUUGCGACGUUUCCCCAUCAAGCAUGCGUUAUUGUUUUGGAUGGAUCUAGUACAAAUAUUUUUUGGGAAAAGAAGAGUUUGAUGUUGACUGCGUGCAAACAUGAUGAUAUUGAGCAGAAAACCAGAUGGCCCCAUAACGGCAGCUCGCCACGGGGAUGGUCUCUAUGACUCCUACAUGCGAACCGAUCAUGUCUUGAAUCAGGAUGCUGACGUGAAGGGACAGAGUCCCUCCGGGCUGCCUCCCCUUCCCAAAUACACGGGGGUCAACAAGCCUACAGUGAAAGAUCUAGGGACCCGAGGAGGGCAAAUGAAGUUGAAGUACGUUUACGAAGACACAUACAACUCCAAAAUCAAUGGCACAUGCCAGGUGCCCACCAAGCCUCUAUCUGCGAUCACCAAAGAGAGAAGUGUGGAGAGCAACAUCUCUGUGAAAUCCUCAGAGAGCUCAACAAAAAUCCCAAAGCUGGCCACCCCGAUGACCCCGGAACAAGCCCUGAAGCAAUACAGGCAACAGUUGACUACACUGGAGCAGCAGGAGAUCCACACCUAUCCGGAGAUCUACUUCGUGGGACCAAACGCCAAAAAGAGGCAAGCCGUAGCAGGAGGCACCAACAACUGCGGAUAUGACGACGACCAGGGAGGUUACAUCCACGUACCUCAUGACCACCUCGCCUAUCGCUACGAGUUUCUCAAGGUGAUCGGCAAAGGUAGUUUCGGGCAGGUGGCGAAGGUUUACGACCACAAGUUACAGCAGCACCUCGCCCUUAAGAUGGUGCGCAAUGAGAAGCGCUUUCAUCGGCAAGCUGCCGAGGAGAUCCGAAUUCUGGAGCACCUGAAGAAGGAAGACAAGAAGGGCCACAUGAACCUUGUCCACAUGUUGGAAAACUUCACCUUCCGCAACCACAUAUGCAUGACCUUCGAGCUCCUCAGUAUGAACUUGUAUGAGCUCAUUAAACGCAACAAGUUCCAAGGGUUCAGUCUGCCGCUGGUACGCAAGUUUGCACACUCUAUCCUCCAAUGCCUUGAGGCUCUGCAUCUCAAUAAGAUCAUCCACUGUGACCUAAAACCAGAGAACAUUUUGCUCAAGCAACAAGGCAGGAGCGGCAUCAAGGUCAUUGACUUCGGCUCUAGCUGUUUUGAUCACCAGCGCAUCUAUACUUAUAUACAAUCCCGUUUUUACCGCGCACCCGAAGUCAUCUUGGGCUCCCGGUAUGGGAUGCCUAUAGACAUGUGGAGCUUCGGUUGCAUUCUGGCCGAGCUUCUUACCGGAUACCCUCUGUUUCCUGGGGAAGAUGAGGGCGACCAGCUAGCCUGCAUGAUGGAGUUACUGGGUAUGCCUCCUCAGAAACAGCUGGAACAAGCCAAGCGUGCCAAGAACUUCAUCAGCUCCAAAGGCUACCCUCGAUAUUGCAAUGUGAGCACACUCAGCAACGGCACAGUGGUGGUCAACGGGGGCCGCUCUCGGCGAGGAAAAAUGCGUGGUCCCCCGGGAGGCAAGGAGUGGGUGACGGCCCUCAAAGGCUGCGAUGACCCAACGUUCAUUGACUUUCUGAAGAAGUGUUUGGAUUGGGACACUACUACACGAAUGACGCCGGUUCAGGCUUUAAGACACCCAUGGCUCUACAAUAGAUUGCCAAAGCCUGUACCCAGUGGAGAAAAGUCAAUGGUGCCCAAACGCAUCACAGAGCACAGCACCUCUUUCCCUACCAUUAUCUCCAAGGUACCGCCUGUCACGGGCCCAACCAAUAACAAACUGCGGACCACCAUGAUGGGGGACUCCAGUGGAAGUAUACCCUUACGUACAGUGCUGCCGAAACUCGUUUCAUAGAGAUUCCUUAGCCUUCAGGGAUAUUUGUAGCAGUUUUAGACGUGGAUUUUCGUGGAGUGUCAAAACGGUUUUGACUUAAAAAAUUUAAUGAAGUGUAACAUACGAAAAAAAACAAUUUUAUACAACGUGUUAUACUGUGUUUUUAUCAGAUGGGUUUUGGUAAGUUGUUUGAAAUUUCAAGUUGUUAUCAGGGCUAUUUUUUAACGUGGUUUGGAAAAGAGUGCUUUGAAUGAGGUGGGUGAAAUUUGGAUGCUGACUGCUAAUAGUUCUUUCUGAAGUUUGCACUACUUCUGCUGAGAAACACUUAAAACUUGCAUCUCAAAGGGCUGUUUUCUGUCUCAUUCUUAUGAUGUUUGAAAAGCUUUGAGUGAGUUCUUCAAAUUUUACUUCUCGCUCUAAUAAUGAAUUAAAACACAGAGGAAUCAAUUUUAAAACAAGAGUUCAUAAUCCCAAAUAUGUUUCAUAGUUAAUACUGACGUUUCUCCUCACAGCACAGUUUAUUUAAGAAGCUGUUGCGUUGGAUGCGUUUCCCUAGAAUAAGAUUAAAGAAAGUAAGACACAUUUUUGAGCGGUAGAGUUUUGUGCAACACCGUGGAAAAGUUACCUGACACCUUUCAAGACUAUAAUCCUAUCCAGGUUCCAUUAGAGAACUAGGGUGCUGUGUUGCAGGAGAGUUUUUAUCUGUGCUAUUUUGAAAGAUGGCGGUCAGGUUUCACUUGAAGGCUUUAGGCGGUACCUCAUAUUUGCCUGUAUGGUGAACAACGUGUUUCCCAAAGCUGGUCGUGGGGGAAGGGAAUUGCACAUUGGUAAUAUUGUCAUUGACUGUGUGUUGUUUGCUCCGGGCAGUGACAGAUGCUGAACAAAUCGGUGCGAAACGUGUGUCAGAGUGAACUUCAUACACAUGUUCAGUGUGUUUACAGGGACUCCCUCUGUCUUUUAAACCUCAACCAUGAGCACAUUUGUAUUGUCUUGUUUAGCCUGCAGCAACUACAGUAAUCACUGUAUAUACAGAGUCGGGGAGGGUGAGGAAAAUCUACACAACCAAUGUGCAAACAAAAAGCCGUUCCCAUCCCCCAGAGAGUGAAACUGAUGUUUUGUGGUCUGGUGUAUCUCUGCAUAGUGGCCUCCUUUCUUUCGCUAUUACUCUUUCUCAGUCCUUUAGGUUUACACGAGAAUCCUAUUAUGUAUACAGUCGAGCACGCAGCACGUCGUUCACCCACCUCUUGUGCGAUCUGGUUUGCACUUUGAGUAUUUCUUAUUAAAGGGCCUCUGACAGACUGUAAAAAAGAUGUAUGCAUUUGGAAAGGGUUUUGGUCAUCUAAUGUAAGCAUGUUUAUUGACACUGCCUCACUUUUUCUAGCUGUGAAUUGAACACUGAAUGCUUUGAAACUAAUAGUUGGUAAGACACUAAUCUGCUAAAGGACUGUGAUAAUGCAAGGUGCUUAACCCAGUGGCCCCAACAGGUGUAUGCAAACUCUCCGUGUGCUACCUGGAACAAGGUUGGAAACAAGGAAAUGGUUCCCCUUCAUCGAAAACAACACAAUAUUGUUUUACUUACCUGCAAUACAGCUACAAUCAACUAGCUUCUUUCUCAGGUCUUAACCUCAUUGUGGGGUUUAAUGGACAUUGAUGUGAUUCCACACACCUAACCUAGGUUUCCGUGUUUUUAGCUUUAGAGACAUUGGUGCUCCAAAUUACAUCACGAUUUUCGCCUCUCCAUUAAAAUAAAAAUUCCGAUCAUAUUCAUUUUGGGGUUCACUCUUCAAGGUGUAGAAUGCAUCAGGCAAUAUUGCAGUUAUUGGAAAAUGGUUUUAAAAAUGUUGUUUGUCUACCUCCUUCCACUAAAGCUUGUGAAAAUCUUUUUUCUAUGUUCAUCUCUUGAGAGAUCACUACCGCACAAAUAACAGCGUCUCGCUUCAGUGUCCCUGCCUGUUUUCAUUAGCAUGAAUUUUUCACCAAAGCGCCCGCUCACGUGGCUUUCUCGCUCUAAAGUUCGUCUCUGUGUGUGGACCCCUAAGCAGGGUGAAAAUCCACUUCUGUGCCUUUAAUUCAACACUUGACUAAAUCAUCAAGGCUCAGCACGGGAUGGCUAAUGUUUCUCCUCCAGAAUAAUGGUCAGGUUUUUGUACUACUUUUAUUUCACCCUUUUAUAGAGUUUUUACAGUUCAUGUUUUAAUAAAAUAGUGGUGUAAUUUUCCUGUGAUGGAGCUUGUCCGACUGUUGGCCAUGUGCUCCAGAGCAUGAUAAUCACAGAACGCAUAAAAAGAUGUGAUAAAAAGGAGUAAAGGACAAGACUUUCAUUAAUGAUGGUGUGUGUAAGAAAACAAAUGAGUUUGUAUUAGUUUCUUUUUAAAAAAAGAAAUAAAAUGGAUAAUUGCAUAAUUGAAAGUUUGAAACUUGUCUUUUUUCUAUCUUGUGCAGUUUUGUGGACAUGUGCUCUUUGAAAUUACUUAAAGAAAUUUAAACCGUUAUAGUUGAGUGUUAUUCCAGCCCUUCAAAGACAAAUCUAUGGAUUUAUCUUGAAAAUCAUUUAUUUAAAUGCAUAGUUCAACUCAAAUAUUUAUAUUCUAAAGAAGGUGUUUUGAGAAAUGUCUCAGUGGUUUACUGUCUAUGGAUGUCAAUGGUGGCCAAUGUUUGUUUGUUACAAAAUUUCUUGAAGAUAUCUUUUGUGUUCUGCAGAAUUAUAGGAC